AUGGGUUCGAAAAACCCAGCGACCAGUGUGCCCCAGCCAUCACUCAAGGAUCUGAACACAGACAAUAUCACGGCGAAUGUCAAUCUGGUGAAUUCAUCAAAUCCUUCCCCACGAUUCAGGUUCCUUUUGGAACGCCUUGUUGUUCACCUUCACGAUUUCGCCCGCGAAACACGCUUAUCACAAGACGAAUGGCUCAAAGCGAUACAGUUCCUUACAGCCACUGGACAAAUAUGCUCUGAUGUGCGGCAAGAAUUCGUCUUAUUGAGCGACAUCCUCGGACUAAGCCUGCUGGUAGACAGUAUCGACCAUCCCAAACCAGCAGGUUCGACUGAAGGAACGGUACUGGGACCUUUCCACACACACGAUGCCGAGCAUAUGGAGCACGGUGAUAAUAUGUCGCAUGACCAAAACGGCGAGCCUCUGCUGGUGGUGUGUACAGUGAAGGACAAGGAGGGCAAUCCAAUCUCUGAUGUCAAGAUUGACAUAUGGGAGACAGAUUCGAGUGGCAUGUACGAUGUGCAGCAUGCGGGACGAGAUCGCCCAGAUGGUCGGUGCAUCAUUACAAGUGACCAGGAUGGAGAAUUUUGGUUCAAAGGCAUUGUUCCCGUCCCCUAUCCCAUUCCACACGACGGGCCGGUGGGAAAGUUACUUGAUGUACUGAAGAGGCACCCGAUGAGGCCAAGCCACAUGCACUUCAUGUUCGAGAAGCCAGGGUGGGACAAGCUCAUCACCGCUUUGUAUCUCAGGGGCGAUCCUUACGAAACAUCGGAUGCGGUCUUUGGUGUUAAAGAAUCUCUCGUGGUUGAUCUGGGAGAGGUAGAUGAGACUACUGCACAGCACUAUUCGGGGACCCACAAAGGCAUGAAGAUGCUGACGUAUCAUUUUGUGCUUGUCACUGAAGAAGAGGCUGCACAACUUCGAUUGGAAAAGACUCGCGAAGCGACUCAUAAGUUGAACCCAACGGCUGAAGUAGAAAACGGAUUCAUUGGUUUUUGA